AUGCCUCCUUGGUCGACGAUCAUCGACUCAGGUCCCGUCCCUGGCAGCGUCGACUACACCACCCUCGUCCUCAUCCACGGCUUCACAUGGCACGCCCCCGUCUUCGAAAGACUGCUCCCGCUCGCCGCCGCGCACAACGUGCGCAUCGUCGCGCCCGCGCGGUACGACUACCCCGGCUCGGCCUCCUACUCGGCAACCGAGCGCGAGCGUCUCGCGCGGCUCCUCAAAGCCUCGCCAGAGUCCAAGGACGCCUUCGCAGACGCGCACGACGUCGCGCUCGACCGUGCGCGCGAGGUCCACGACUUCCUCUGCGACCUCGUGCGCCGGGAGCCGAGCCUUCCACGCCGCGCGGACGGGGGCGGGAUCGUGCUCGUGGGGUGGUCGAUGGGGACGCUCUGGGCGACCGCGUUCCUGGCGUACGCCCCCGAUAUUGUGGCUGAGACUAGCGAAAGCGAGGGCAGCGCGCUCGGCGGCCGCGCGGCGCCAGACCUGUCCUCGUACGUACGAAGGGUGGUGCUCUACGACGGCAUCGCCGGCUUCUUCGGCUUCGAGGACCCGGAGGGGACGUACUCGCCCACCAGGGACCAGUCGCUCUCCGGCGCGGAGCGCUUCGAUGCGUUUGACGCGUGGGUCGGAGGCUACUACGACCACGGCGAGCGCAUCGGGCUUGAGACGCGCGCGGCGACCCCGGUGGCGUCGUCACUGCCCGGCCUGACCCCGGAGCAGCGCGCGGCGUGUACAUGCCGCACGCCGUGGGGCGAGCAGGGCGAGGGCAGCGACAUGGGGAUGAUCAUCUUGUGGGCGGUGCACGGGAUCUCCGGCCUCACGAAAGAGCGCGCGUUCUACCUCGAGCCCGACGCGCACCGGAGUGGAUGGGAAGAGGUGGAGGUGCGGGUGGUCUGGUGCGAUCGCUCGAUAUGGCCGAGCGCGUGGGCUGGUAAGCGGCUCGAGGAAGAGCUAGCAGCGGCGCGGGAGGACGGGAAGGCGAUGCGCAAAGUGCAGGUCGCGCGUUUCCGUGGGGCGAACCAUAUGGCGCAUUGGGACAUGCCUGAGAGAGCGUUGAGCGCCUUUUUGGGAGACGGCGAAGAGGCAUGA